AAAAAAUCGCGACGCAUGAUUUUGAUGGUGUGAAGUGGAAUUCUUGACUUUUUUUCCUGAGGUCUGUGAUUAUGUGCGCCUCGAAUCGAUAGCGCGAAAUUCCUCCGCUAAAUCGCUGGAAUUCACACCGUCCAAACAUGCAGUCAGUCCGUUCCUCAGGGAAUCAGUUCGCGGAACAUGGAAAAAAUCAGAGUGAGAUGCCUGGUGAUGAAACAAACCCCAACCACACAAACAGAUCCGUUGGCCAACCGCCGAUCGCCGGGAAACCGUUUGUGGAACCGUCGCUGCCGGGAUUGAUGUUUCCGAUAAUCUCGUCAACUACGGUUGAACCCAGCUAUGAUGAGCCUCCAGCGCUCGUUCCGUUUCGAGAGGCCCGUCCAACUGGUAUGCCUGCCAAAAGGCCGAAAGACUCGAGGCCAGUCGAUGAGAUCGUGGUUUCAAAUGGAGACGUGUUUCACAUUCAUUUUAUUGACGAGCCGCCGAUCGACGAAGAUUUACCUUCUUCUACGUGCCCGAUAGUACAACCAAAUAAUCAGUUAUUUGACGAAGCAGAUGGGAGCUGCACAUACACCGAUGAACUCGCGGUAGAUCGCGAUUGGAUCAACUACGACGAGCUGCCAAUGCUGAGUAAGCAUAAUUCUGUAGCACCAACCAGCCACGGCGAAUCUGCACAUGCAAAUGUUGAAGCGCACGAUAGUGGUGCUUUGCGUGGCCCAUCGCUGCUUAUCUCAGCAGAAUCUUCUGGAUGGCCCGAAACUGAAGCGACCAUCAUGCACAUUACACCAGUGCUAUCAGUAGAACCAACAAACCAGGCGAACGGUACGCAAGUCAGCAGUGCUGGAAGCAAGCGUCGCCGCAAUCGCCGUCGGAAGACUACUAAGCCGUCUACUACCGGUGUCGACAGCGACAGUGGUUGGCAUGGCUUCCGCAACUACUGCGUUGAGUGUAGCAAAUUCUUCCCCACGGCCGCAGAUUUGGAGCUGCACAUGGAGUUCUGUCAUCGGUUGGUUGAUGACCUACCACAGUCACCCUCGAGGAGUAUGAUGCUGGUCGAUGAUCUCGCUAUGUGCGACAAUAGCUUGCUAGAGCCUCAUUUCAACGAUACGCCCGGCAGCUGGCCCCAGGCGCAGGCAAACCAUGUGCCCCACGCUAGAGAAAUGGAAUCGUUCUACUCAGACCUCUUCCAUAAAAGUGCAAAUGAAUUUCGUUAAUGAGCGAGAUGCUCAUCAAUGAGGAGCCUUGAACCACCUUGAAUGUGAUGUAAGCAACGUGCUUAAUGGUUUGCGAACUUUGUUGCCAUUGAUUGGAUUAGUAUACUAUUGAAUUAUUGCGUUGGUUCAAAUGCUCUAGGAAAGCUAGAGUUCGGUAUGAGUUACCAGGAUGUGAAAUGUGAAGACGCACAGGCCGUUAGGAAGGGCCAUAACAAGAAUAG